UGAUAACUCGUUGUUCGUUCGAGGGAAGUUUGAUUUAAUUAAAAUACUGCUCUUGGUUCUGCUGGUUUCCGAUUACGCGAUUCCGAACGGUACACCGUUGCUUCAUCCCCAGCUCCCUUCACUUUCCUCUUAUCAGCUGUGCUCGCUCGAAACGAGACCGCUGUUUGUGAGAUAGGUCGUGUGUUGUACGCUGGAACGUUACCAAAAAAGAAAUAUUCAACUCAUCUAUUUGUCAUCCGUCGUCGUCGAAGCGAUAGAAAGGACAAGUAUUUUUUGUUCCCUUGUACCCAAUAAGUUGGGACAAGUUGCGACAGGCAAGGAGCAGUUAUGAACGCACUGCUCUAACCCGAUUAUCGCUCGCCAAGAAGUGCUGAGACUCGGCUCCGUCAGCCUAGUAUGGUCAGUCUGAUUCGGAACUUUGCAUCCAACUCGGGCGGUCGGUUUUUAGAUGAUUCAUCGAGAAUGGAUGACACUCUAGGUUCGCAAGAGCCAAUUUUGGCAACACAGGAGAACGGAGACUUUGAACCACUCUACACGGCUCCGGUGUUCAGCUUCCAUCUGCUGAUAUCAAGUAUCAUCUCAAUAACUGGAAUAGCAUUGGCAGCCACCUGGGACGAUAGUAAAAGAUGCGAAGCGUACUUCAUCAUGAUGUACCUACGGGUCGCAUUCUGGAUAGUAACCUACUUGAUUGACUAUCUGGUGAAAAAGCAUCACAGAGCUCUGGCUUUGAAAGGGUAUCUGGACUUUAACCGAGCCACGAAACACCACAGCACGAUCCCAUUGCAGAUUGUUUCACUGUGGAACACGUUUCUGCUAGCUAUCCACACCCUCAUGCAGCACUACUACGGGGAUGAUUUCGGAACAAAGUGCGUCGUCGUCGGAUGGCUAUCUCCGAUCGUGUACAUUACAGCUUUCUCGUGCCUUGAAACCGGUGUGCUUAGUAUCGUCAACGGAUCUUACAUAGCUAAAGUACGCCGCUUCAACCGCACCGGUGCGCCGCCAGAUGCCUUGCAGGACAAUCGCGGCAUGAGAGGUGGCUCGGUUGGACUUACACAGCGUGGGCUUAGCACCACGGAGCUGCUGGAAAAGCAAGCAGACUUGAUCAACUACCUUAAGGACCACAACCUGAAGCUGAACCAAAAGAUCAUGCAAAUGAACGCCCAAGUACGAACUGUCACCUUCCCCGGCUAGAUCCGACGAGGGCUAGCACCAACUACUUAUCUUUCGGUGUAGUGCAGUGAGGCAGCGGUGAUAAGAAUUAGCAUUCGAUAGAAGAAACCAAUAGCCAAUUGGCAUGAAGGAAAGUGUCAACGAUACGGUAGUCAGCUUUAGCGAUAUACAGGAGACAUUCAACUGUUGUGAUUGUGAAGAGAGUGUGUGAUUUUUUCAAGGAAGAUUUUGAACGAGCAAGGUUCAAUACCAAUCGGACUGAAAAAUGCAGCAGAAGUGGUGCAGAAAAAACUAAUACUGUGUUCGGUAUUCAUCCAAAAAUCGGUAGGUUGAUGUCGAUGAAUUCAUUAAUACAUAAGGAUCAUUUUUUAAACCGCUUCGUUCGAUGUUAAUAUGGAAAUUUACCCAACAAAAUGCAGUUCUCUUUUCGUUGAUAUACAACUGUAGAUAAAGCAGAAACCAUUUGCUAGGUCCCAUUGUAUAAAAGAUAUCAUUAUAAUAAUUUGAGAAGGGCAAUAAAUAAUCAGGUAACUAACUA